UUCUCGUCAGAGUCUCGCGAUACGUGUAUCCUUAAACCAUGCCCAUGAUGCUUUGGGCUCCCUCUUUCUAGCCGGCGCCUGAGAAUGGGUAUCUCAAGGGACAACUGGCACAAACGCCGCAAGACCGGCGGUAAACGCAAGCCCGUCCACAAGAAGAGGAAGUAUGAGCUCGGACGGCCGGCCUCAAACACCAAGCUUGGACCUAAGCGUAUCCACACCAUCAGGGUUCGUGGAGGAAACAAGAAGUUCCGUGCCCUGAAGCUCGACGUGGGAAACUUCUCAUGGGGCUCAGAGUGCUGCACCCGUAAGACCAGGAUCAUUGAUGUGGUCUACAACGCCUCCAACAACGAGCUGGUGAGAACCAAAACCCUGGUGAAGAACUGUGUGGUGCUCGUGGACAGCGGCCCGUUCAGACACUGGUAUGAAGCUCACUACGCCCUUCCCCUCGGACGCAAGAAGGGAGCCAAACUGAGCCCUGAAGAUGACGAAAUUCUGAACAAGAAGAGGUCCAAGAAGGUUCAGAAGAAAUUAGAUGCACGCAGAAAGAACUGCAAAGUCAGCUCCAUCUUGGAUGAGCAGUUCCAGCAGGGCAAACUGCUCGCCUGCCUUUCCUCCAGACCUGGACAGUGUGGAAGAGCUGAUGGCUACAUUCUUGAGGGUAAAGAGCUGGAGUUCUACCUGAGGAAGAUCAAAGCCAGGAAAGGCAAAUAAAUGUACAGUUCUGUUUGAUAUUGCCACCAUUAAAAGGACAAUGCCCCACA